AUGUUUGCCAGCCAAGCUCAAUUUCAGAUUGGCACUCGCCGACAUCUUUGCGGCGCAGGCGUCUCCCCGGUACUUACCGGACCCCUUAGCAGGCCAGCAGCCUCCUCCCCGAGCCCCUCCGCAGCUUGCCUCCUCUCCGGUGGCCCCGCCGGGGCCCUGCUGCGGGGCAUGAGGCUGCGGGCCAGUGGCGCCGCGGCAGCUGCUUCCCCCUCCCCCUCCCCGGGGGGAGAUGGGGCGUCGUCGGGUAAAGACCAGGUGGUCGCCGGAAGCGCUGCUGAGCCCGUACCCGCCGCCGCGGCAGCUGCUAGCCCAGAGGCAGCGGCUGAGGGUCAGCCGUACUCCCCGGACUUCAUUCGCCGUCGCCUGAUGGUCUUUGUGGGUAUCGUUGUCGGGUAUUCGUCGUACUACUUGACCCGUAACUCCCUGACGUACACUGCUCCGGUUAUGGUGGCGGACCCCACGCUCCACAUGGACAUCACUCAAAUUGGCGCCAUGACCUCCAUCUUCCCCAUCGCCUACGGCAUGUCCAAGUUUGUGAGUGGUGUGCUGGGCGCCAAGUUCUCCCCCUCGGUGCUGCUGGCGGGGGGGCUCAUGGCGACCGCGGCGGUCAACAUCGCGUUUGGAUUCGGUACCUCGCUGGCCUGGUUCUGCUUCUUCUGGGCGCUAAACGGCACCUUGCAGGGCGUGGGUGGCCCCUGCUGUGCCCGCAUCCUGACCACCUGGUUCGCCAGCAAGGAGCGGGGCACGUACUGGGGCAUGUGGAACAUUGCUCACAACCUGGGGGGCUUCGCGGCGCCGCUGGUGGCGGGGGGCUUUGCCAAGGCCAUGGGGUGGAAGUGGGGCAUGUGGGCGCCCGGCAUCAUUGGCCUGGUGGUGGGGCUGUUUGUGCUGCUGGCGUGCAGGGACAAGCCGGAGGACAUAGGCUACCCGCCGGUGGAGCCCACGGAUGGGGGGAAGCAGUCCGCGGACAAGAAGGCGGCAGAGAAGCCAAAGGCGGACAUCUGGGGCGCCCUGAUGAACUCGGUGCUCAAGAACCCCUUCAUUUGGGGUAUGGCGCUCACGUACUUCUUCAUUUAUGUGGUCCGACAGGAGAAGGGCAUUGAGGACGCCGCCCAGGCCGCCGUGCGUGUGUCGGGUUUGGAGCUGGGCGGCCUGGUGGGGUCCCUAAUCGCGGGGCGGCUCUCGGACGGCCUCAUUCGCAACGCGGCGGGCAAGGGAGGAAACGUGGGCAAGAGAGUCACGGUGGUCAUGUGGUACACGGUGGGCAUCGCCGCGGCGCUGCUGGCCUUCCAGGCCCUUCCCGCAGCCAUCCCUGCAGCAGUGCAGUGGUUCAACGUGUUCAUGAUCGGGUUCUUCCUGUACGGCCCCCAGAUGCUCAUCGGGCUGUGCGGUGCGGAGCUGGUGGGCCCCGACUCAGUGGGGGCCUCUGAGGGCUUCUUGGGCUGGAUCGCAUACCUGGGAGCGGCCAAUGCGGGUAUCCCUCUGUCCAUCAUCGUGAAGGAGUACGGCUGGAACGCCUACUUCUCCACGCUGGUGGGCGCCUGCGCACUGGCGCUGCUGCUGCUGUCCCCCAUGACCAAGCUGCGCAGCUACGUGCAGCGGGAGGCGGCAAAGAAGGAGCGCCUGGCCAAGAGCCAGUGA